AUGGAUCCUUCCACCCAGUCUUCGUUUAGCAACCGUCUCAGCGUUUUGCAGGAGCAGCCAUAUAACGCGGAACCGGACUUGGUUGCCCUCGUCGCGCAACCUUACACCCCGGAUGAAUUAAUCUAUUGUCGCAACCACUCCCCCGUCAAGUGCUUGGAGGCCGAUACGUUCACGUUAUCUGUCAGGGGUCUUGUUCAGAAUGCUCUGCAGUUCAGGUUGGAUGAUCUCAAGAGGAUUUUUCCUCGUGUAGAGGUCGUGGCAGCCCUCCAAUGUGCAGGGAAUAGGCGAAAAACUAUGGCAGAAAGGAAGAAGAGGAAUGUCGACGGCGUGAAAUGGAAUGAAGGGGUUAUAUGCAAUGUCAGGUGGGCGGGUGUGUCGAUGCGACAGCUGCUCCUCGCUGCCGGUGUCCGUCCUCCUGCAGAACACGAUAAGCCGCUGCACUUGUGCAUGGGAUCGCACAUCGCGGCCUGUUCGGAUGACAAUUGGUUUGGAACGUCUAUAUCGCUGGAGAAGGCCAUGGAUGAGGAAGGUGAUGUCAUUAUAGCUUAUGAGAUGAAUGGACAUCCGUUGACGCCCGAGCAUGGCUACCCUUUCCGAGUCGUAGUUCCCGGGUACACCGGGGUUCGUUGGGUCAAAUGGGUCGACAGCAUCCUGGUCUCCGACCGGGAGCCCGACAACUUCUACCACAAACGCGACUACAAGGUCCUUCCCGAAGAGGUAUGCUCCCGCGACCAAGCGCAUGCUGGGGGCUGGUGGUGCAAGGUCCCGCCUCUGCAGUUCAACCCACUCAACUCGGUGGUUGCCUCCGUUUCCCUUCGAACCAGUCCGCAGACCUUCCUCUGCGUGAAGGGCUACGCCAUGGCAGGUGUGACAGGCCAAGUCAAGGCAGUUGAAGUCAGCAUCGACUCCGGCCGGACAUGGCGGGAUGCACACAUAACGUAUCAGGAAGGCAAAUGGAGUUGGACACUGUGGGAGGCAACGUUGGAGCUUUCAGACGCGGCAGAGCGCGUUUGGUGCCGCGCUAUUGACGAGAGCGGCGCCGUCCAACCAGCAGACUCUGAUUGGAACCUUCGGGGCCUAGCGUAUUCCGGCUAUGGCGAGAUAGAUCUGAGGAAAGUCGAAGGUAAUGUCGGACGGAGUUGCAGAUUGUAGGCAAAGCUCAGCUUCGUCGAGUCAGGUGCUUGACGCCCUUCUUUUCCCGUCAUAUAAUCCCCUGCUUUCCCCUGCUCUGUACAGGCUCAAUCUAUUCUACAUGAACUCCUAUCCUAAUCCAGCAUGUGUAUGACCUAUUAGUAGCAAGUUCAGAUGCAAUGGUGUCACAAGGAAAAAGACUCGGAGGCUGUGCUAUCCGGUUUGCAUGUCGUACCGCAUCCCGUCAUACCCUGGCUCUAAGAGGCCAGACUCGCGCAAAAGUGACAUCCACUGACUAUCGACACCUGAUCCCUCCGGC